AUGGCUUUUUGCCCUCGCUGUCAGAUGCCUUGGCAGGCAGUGAUAGAUCGGAACUAUGUACAUGGUGUGAAACAGCAACAAGGACAGCACGCACAACCACCGCAGAAUUGGGGUGGAUAUCAUGGCGGACAAUUUCAACAAGGGCAUCAGGAUGCACGAAGAGCGAAGUCUCCUCGGCACAAAAGUCCAAAGCCGAAGUCGCCUCGCAAAGUUCAAGGAGGCAAAGGUGCCGAUUUUGGACCUUACGGUCAAUUGCAGCCCUUUCCACAGUUCCCGUAUCCGGCUCUUGGAUAUCCUGUUGGACCUCCUGUGCCACCGCCAACCACUCCGCCACCGUGGAUGCCUCAGAGUGCUCAUAUGAGCGCACCUGCUUUGGGAAUGGUGCCCACGCAGGGUGCGACGCCUGUGCCUGCGGCAGCCGUGACAAAUCCAUCUACUCAGUUUCCGGCUUUUGGCACACCACCCCCUUUGACUGCUCAGAGUGCCCCGGAUGCUACUCCAGCAGAAUUGCUUGCGUAUCUACAAAAGAGGUCUGUCGAUCUCCCAUUAGAUGUUCAGCAGCAAAUUCAGAAGCACUCACACAAGCAAAGCAAGAGAGCCAUCAAGGAUCUGCAGGAAGCUGCCUUGGCGCUUGGCGAAGCCAGAACCACCUACGAGGAGGCGCUACUGGCUCGUACGCAGCACCUCAGCACGUGGAAAUCCUUUUUGGCAGAAGCAGUCAAAAGCUGGUCCGAGUAUGCCAAGAUCUUCGAGCAGCACGAGAAGGCCUUGCAGGAGCGCAUCUCUGUUGCCAAAGAACAAUUUCAGGAAGCCAAGCAAUGCCUAGAUGCCUCCAAAGUGUCAGCAGGCAAUGUACAGGAAAUCAGCGACGAGGAAGAUCUGCCCGGAGACAGCUGCCCAUCAGCUAUGCAGAUCACCGAGAGCAUCCAGUCGCUUUCCACGUCCUGGCAACAGCUUUCCAAAGAAGCCGAAUCCAUCAAGAUCGAGGAGCAUGCUGCGAAACGUCCACGUGUCGAAGACACCACAGGCACUACUUCCGAAGCUCCGUCUUUCAAGUAG